AUGACGAAUUUGAUUGGGAAAGUCGUUCGUAUUGAUGGUGAGGGUGUAGCACCGGUCAUUGCCGCUGCCCUUCCAGAAGUCUCUGCGCAGAUCACCGCGCAAUGGCAGCGUAGCCGCGCAUCGUCUGCCAAGACUGGUGAGCUUCGGGUGCUAUUUCCUAGCGACUCAGUCCCUAUUGCUGCAGUGGCAUUAGGCGAGCAGAAGGAGGCACCUAAGACGGGUCCUGAUGCUUUGCCAUCUGCCAACAUAUUCUUGCGUAACGAGAAUUUGGAGCGCACUCGUUUGGCGGCCGCCAAAGGCGCCCGUGCUCUGCGAGACCUCGGACAGGACGAAGGCCACCGGGUCGUCGAGAUCGACUCCUUCCUAAGCCCUCACGCUGCCGCGGUCGGAGCUAACCUGGGUUUGUGGACCGUGAAUCAUUUCAAGACUCGUGGUUCUGCCCCUGCUUGGGGUCACCCGCUGGAAAUGCAGGGCGGUCGCCAUAUCGAGGCUCAGCCUCUUUCGGGUGCCUCGACGGUCACGGAGAAGAAGGAACUGCGUGAUGAUGGUGAUAAUCUUUCUUCUAGUGGCACCCCCCUGAGCUGGUAUACAGGCGAGGUCUACGCGCGUGCACAGAACCUCUCUCGUGAAUUACAGGAGACUGCUGCCAACCUGCUCAACCCCUCUCUCUUCGCGGAACGCAUCUCGCACCUUUUCAAGCAUGUGCCUAAUACUCAGGUAAUUGUCCAUGAUGCCGACUGGGCGCGUGAACAGCGGAUGAACUUGUUCUUGUCUGUGGCUCAGGGCUCUGACCAGCCUUGUAAAUUCGUUGAAAUGCACUACCAUGGCGCUCCAGAAGCGGACGCUGCGCCUUUGGCAUUGGUGGGAAAGGGUAUCACCUUUGACUCAGGUGGUAUCAGUAUCAAGCCCGGAAAAGGUAUGGACCUUAUGCGUGCCGACAUGGGUGGCGCCGCGGCUGUUGUGGCCAGUACACUCGCCAUUGCGCAGCUGGGUCUGCCUAUCAAUGUGGUAGCUGUGACGCCACUCACAGAAAACAUGCCGAGCGGACGAGCGACCAAGCCAGGUGAUAUCUUCGAGGCUCGCAAUGGACUUACGGUGCAAGUUGACAACACGGAUGCCGAGGGCCGCCUUAUCCUUGCGGAUGCUCUCUCGUAUAUCUCGGACACAUAUGCACCCCACACUGUAAUCGAUGUGGCUACAUUGACGGGUGCAUGCGUUGUCGCGUUGGGAGACAUUUACUCAGGUGUCUUCACCGAUACAGAUUCCCUUUGGCACGAAUUGAAGGUAGCCGCUGAGGCAGAGCACGACCUAUGUUGGCGCAUGCCGCUGACCGAUAUGUACCUGCCUCAAAUCUCGAAGACGAAUGCGGACCUUGUGAAUACUGGCGGCCCUCCUGCUGGGUCUUGUACUGCAGCUGUAUUUUUGAAGCAGUUUGUCCACGGCCUCGAGAACCGCGCUGAGGGCCAGCCGGCGAAGGUGCGCUAUGCGCAUAUUGAUAUCGCUGGCUCCAUGGAGGCUGCCGUGAACACUCUGAAUGACUACCAGGGCAAGGGCCUCACCGGCCGCCCUGUCCGUGCACUGAUUGAAUUUGCGCGUCGUUUGGCCUACCAAGAGUAG